CAAAUGCACUUUACUCUUUUCUCUGUUUCUCUCUCCUUUGUCUAAAGAUGAACAUGAGGAACUGAAACCAUGCUGUCUCCAACACCAGUCUCUCUUUUCUGUGCUCUCCUUCUCUGCCUACCCCUCGCCGUUGUCUUCACCAUCAACACUACAACCACCCCUCCCACCUCUUCUUCCGAUGCAACCGGAAAAAAUGACAAACCCAGAAACAUUAACACCAAAACCCCCAUUUUCUCAGCUCCGCCGCCUCCGCCUAUGAUUGUCCCGGAGGAUGACAAGUCAUUGUUUCGAGUUGCAGCCCGAGUUAACCCCAAACCCUCACCUCCAGGAGCAGCGAAAAAGCUUGCUUUCAUGUUCCUCACCACCACACCACUCGCAUUUGCGCCGCUGUGGGAAAUCUACUUCAACUCCACCCACCCCAAUCUCUACAACAUCUACAUCCACGCUGACCCCACUUCCCACUACGACUCACCGUUUCAGGGCGUCUUCUCCAACCGAGUCAUCCCCUCCAAGCCCACUCACCGAUUCACACCCACUCUCAUCUCAGCGGCGCGACGCCUCCUCUCACAUGCCCUCCUCCACGACCCAUCCAACUACAUGUUCACUCUGCUGUCUUCUUCUUGUAUCCCUCUCCACUCUUUCAAUUUCACUUAUGAAACCCUGAUAAGGUCGAAGAAGAGCUUCAUUGAGAUUUUGAAGAAUCAACCAGGGAUCGAGGCCAGGUGGGCCGCGCGUGGGGAAGAGGUGAUGCUGCCGGAGGUGACAUUGGAGAGUUGCCGAAUCGGGUCCCAGUUUUGGACACUGACACGUAAGCACGCUAGGUUAGUUGUGCGUGACGAGCGGCUAUGGUCUAAGUUCAAGCUGCCGUGCCUGCAUUGGGACACAUGUUACCCUGAGGAGAAUUACUUUCCUACCCUUCUGAGCAUGCGAGACCCACGUGGGUGCAUUCCAGCUACGCUCACGCACGUGGACUGGAGGGGCCGCAGUGACGGUCACCCCCACACGUAUGAGCCAGCGGAAGUGGGCCCAGAGUUGAUCUUGACGCUCCGAUCUGACAGACCCAGAUACGGUGAUGAGGAAACCAACGGCUCUGUUCCAUCCUCUACCCAACGCCAUGACCCCUUCUUGUUCGCUAGAAAAUUUUCUCCGGAUUCAAUCCAACCGUUGAUGAGUAUAGCCAGUGAUGUCAUCUUCAAAGACUAGGGUGGCAUUUUACUUCUUUUUUUCACUUUUUAGAGAGAAAUUGUAAAAAGGAAAGCAGGACUGCUGUAAGUCAACUCGCUUAACUCAUUCGAUUGACCAGGUGCCAACUCGGUUUCGAAACCCCACGUUCGCAUGCUUAUAUUUGUAAUUAUAAAAAGAUUUAGAAAAAUAAAAAGGGACAUUUUUCAA